AUGAUUUUGAGAAAAGUUUCCAGUUGCUCCGUCGGCGUCAGUAAUUUCGGCAAAUUACUCAAACCAACCACCAAAUCACACAAAGUCAAACUCUACCACAUGUCAGGGGAGCUGUGUGAGAUAUGGAAUGAGCGGCUUGAGAUAUUGAUGAAAAUGAGUAACAAAUUCAUCCCCGAACCCUUCACCAAACCAAUCGUCAAAUACAAUUCAGAUAAUCAAAUCAUCAACUCACUUCUCUAUCACUCCCAUAACUCCCCUAAUUCCACUAACUCCCCUAAUUCCACUAACUCCCCUAAUUCCACUAACUCCCCUAAUUCCACUAACUAUAGAGAUUCCACUAACUAUAGAGAUUCCCCAAACUAUAGAGAUUCCCCAAAUUAUAGAGAUUCCCCUAACUAUGGAGAUACUAUAGUGGAUUCUAAGGUUAGGGAAAUAGUAAAGAGUAUAGAGGAGGAGUUGGACGUGUUGAUGGGAGUGGACUGUGGGAUAAUAUUGAAGUGUUUGAGUAAACUGAAGAUUACAAAUGCAAAUUUGAUAAUCAAACUGUGUACCAAAGUGUUGUCCAGACACGAACCCCUCAGCAAAUUCGCUCUCCUUUACUCCUUACAAUCGCUCACCAACUUAUUACACAAUUUACUACACAGUGAAGAUCUUACUGAAGAUCACACUGAAAUACUUACUGAGUCACAAAAUGAGUCACAACUUCAGACUGUAAAAAAGUUGUUGAACCGGAGUUUGGAUGUGUUGGAGAAGAACUUGGACAGUUUUGAGCUCAGUUUGGUUGCUAAAAUCGUUAAUAUCAUCACCAAACCCAAUGUGAAACACGCACUAGACUCCUCCUCAACACUCAGAAUAAUAUCCAAAUACAUAACUGAAAAGUACUUAACUGACAAAUACUUAACUGUGAACAAUGAGUUAACGCCUGUGGUGGUGUAUUAUUUGGUGAGUGGGUUUGGGCGUAGUUCUGUGAUGGAUAAAAAGUUGUUUGACGGUUUAAAAAAUGUCAUUACUCUUCAGUGUAGUAAUUACUCACUUGACAUUCUCACCUUCAUCGCCAAUUCUUUUUCCAAGUUUAUCUCCAAUUGUGAUAGUAGUAAUAGUGUGGGCGGUCCCCCGCCUCACUACUAUCCGGGCCAAUCCCCGCUUGACUUUGACUUUCACACGGAUUAUACCCACUCCAACUGCUCCAUCACUGAUCAUAAUUCACCACCAAAUUCAUGUGACUCAGUAAUCAAAAAUGACACAGUAAACAAUGGUGACACAGUAAAUCAGGAUACUUCAUAUGUGAGAAUGUAUUGUGUGUUGGGGUGUGAGAUAGUAAAGAGAUCUUCGGAGUUGAGUCCGUUGCAUGUUUCGGUUGUGUCGAAUGCGUAUUCCAAAGUGUUAAUUUGUCAUGAGCAUUUGUUCAAGGUUUUGCUGGAAAAGUUUGAGGAACUGUUCUACUCCUUCGAACCCAGACAAGUCGCCAUGGUCCUACACUCCAUCACCAAACUACACUACAAACACACUUCUCCUCACUUGUUCACCAUAGCAUUGGAAGAUUUGUGGCGGUAUGACUGGCAGAGUUUGACAAUGUUAUACCAGUCCUAUGUGAAAAGUGAUUACAUAACCGAGAGUACAACCCAGAGAUUCGUUCGACACAUACACCAGAGGAUUGAGACACAUCGGAUGAGUGACAUACACCAGAGGAUUGAGACGAGUGUUAAUAUGAAUAAGACGGCGUUGUUGUCACUGAUUUACUCUUUGGUCAAGUCCAAUCACAUGGACACAGAGUUGAUAUUACUCUUGUCUGAGCGCAUAGAGCAGCGAAUUGAGGAAUACUCCGGAGACGAAGUCAUUAACUUAAUUUACUCAUUCUGCAAAGUCUACCAACAUGCAAAAGUUGUUCCCCAUGCAAAAAUUGUUGGACAUUCCAAAGUUAUUGGGCAUGGGAAGUUGUUGGAAGUGUCGGAAAAAGCGUUGGAAAAGUUACUCGUAAAGUUGGGUGGAUUCACGGAGAUAACAGCGUUUACGUUGGUGAAGGUGUUGAAGGUGUUUGGUGAAAUCAGAUAUGUUCCUGCUGCAGACACAGUUUUAAGGCUAAUUAAGCAUAAUUUACACACUCUCAACCGCCUGUCACACACACAAAUUAACUCUACAAUUCGAUCGCUGGGGAUGCUGGGCGUGAACGAUAUUGAUGUGAUUACAGUUUUAAACACACUUAAACACUCAAAGAAACAUACAUAAUCACUAAUUUAAUACUUAACUA